ACCCUAUCUCUUACUGCGUUGUGUCUCUCUUUUUCUCUCUCUAUCUCUCUCUUUCUCUCUCUCAAUCGUCGAGGUUUUCGCGAGGUCUAUCAAAUCCUUUUUUGCGAAUUGUUUGUUUCAUCAGCUAACCUUUUCAUUUGCAGACUUUCAAAACCCUAACCCUAAAUCUGCAAUUUCACAGUUCUAUAGCAGUUGCAGAAUAUGGGUGAAACAAGGGAGAACGAUGUGUACGAUGAGGAGCUCGUCGACUACGAAGAAGAAGAAGAGAAGGCCCCUGAUUCCGUCGCUGCCAAAGCAAACGGCGAAGCCGCGAAGAAGGGCUAUGUUGGAAUACACAGUUCAGGGUUCAGAGACUUCCUUUUAAAGCCAGAACUUCUACGAGCUAUUGUGGACUCUGGGUUUGAGCAUCCAUCUGAAGUGCAACAUGAAUGUAUCCCUCAAGCUAUCCUGGGGAUGGAUGUCAUAUGUCAAGCUAAAUCUGGGAUGGGAAAAACUGCUGUCUUUGUUCUGUCAACACUGCAGCAGAUUGAUCCUGUUGCAGGUCAAGUUUCUGCUCUGGUUCUGUGUCAUACAAGAGAGUUGGCUUACCAGAUUUGUCACGAGUUUGAGAGGUUCAGCACUUACUUGCCUGAUCUUAAGGUUGCUGUCUUUUAUGGAGGUGUCAACAUCAAACUCCACAAAGAUUUGCUUAAGAAUGAGUGCCCUCAUAUUGUUGUUGGAACGCCUGGAAGAAUUCUGGCUUUAGCAAGAGAUAAGGAUCUUUCCUUGAAGAAUGUGAGGCAUUUUAUCCUGGAUGAAUGUGACAAGAUGCUUGAGUCACUUGACAUGAGGAGAGAUGUGCAAGAGAUUUUCAAGAUGACACCACAUGAUAAGCAAGUUAUGAUGUUUUCUGCUACACUCAGCAAAGAAAUCCGGCCAGUUUGCAAGAAAUUUAUGCAAGAUCCUAUGGAAAUUUAUGUUGAUGAUGAGGCCAAGUUGACUCUGCAUGGACUUGUGCAGCACUACAUCAAGUUAAGUGAGUCGGAGAAAAACCGCAAGUUGAAUGAUCUCCUUGAUGCGUUGGAUUUCAACCAAGUUGUUAUUUUUGUCAAAAGUGUGAGCAGAGCUGCAGAGUUGAACAAGUUGCUUGCUGAGUGUAAUUUCCCCUCUAUAUGUAUCCACUCGGGCAUGUCGCAGGAAGAAAGGUUGAAGCGCUAUAAAGGUUUCAAGGAGGGACAGAACAGGAUUCUGGUUGCCACAGAUUUGGUUGGAAGAGGCAUUGACAUUGAACGUGUUAAUAUUGUGAUUAAUUAUGAUAUGCCAGAUUCAGCUGAUACUUAUCUGCAUAGGGUCGGCAGAGCUGGUAGAUUUGGCACCAAAGGACUUGCUAUCACAUUUGUGUCAUCUGCUUCCGACUCUGAUGUUCUGAAUGAUGUUCAAGAGAGAUUUGAGGUGGAUAUAAAGGGGCUUCCUGACCAAAUUGAUACUUCUACAUACAUGCCAUCAUAAAGAAGGCUUAUGCUCAGGAUUGGAAUUCCCGGUGCUCUGAUAAUAUGCUAGAGGGUGCUGGACGCCCCCAUUGCUUUUUUUUUUCAAACUAGUAUCUGAUGGUUUCAAGGGCAGAUGUUCUAGUCUAGUGUACAAUUUUUGGAUUAUUGUAGUCAUCAAAAACUGUUGGUCCACUGACGCGCAUGAGGAAGUAGGUUGUACUCUGCUAGGGAUUUGCCAUAUAGUUGUGUUUGAAGUUGUGGCGUAGAUUUGUGGUGUUAUGUGCUGGCUAAAUUUAAUCCGAAAUACAUUUACAUUUGACUUA